AUGCCGCUCCUCGGAACGAUGGAUGGCCGACAUGAGCUCUUCCAACAGCUGAAACCACCAUGUGUCGCUCUCAGCCAGACAGCACUCGCUCUCAAUGCAUCAAACCCAAACAUAGAGCUCCUUACGAGUCGACUGGAAGAUGUCCAUAAGGUACUGGCCAACAUCACCGACAGCUACCCGCUAGACGCCAGACUAGCCGACUAUGUCUUCUUCCCUCUCUCCCAAGUGCUCAAGGCGAGCCAAAAAGUGUCGAUCAGAUGCCUUGAGUUGACAUUCCAAAGUCUGGCAAUUCUGAUCCAUCAAGGAUGGAGCUUCAACAUUCAGCCACAGCUGGCCGCACAAAUAGUCAUAUUGUGCACUAUGGUGGCUGAGAAGGAGCCCAAAGGCCUGUCAUUCAGAGGCUCGACAGAUGACUUGCAGACAAGCGCUCUGAAAUGUCUAUAUCGCCUCUUCGAUGCACUCAGCACGUCAGGAGAAGCGAGAAACGUAUUGACCUCAGAAGCCAACGUUCCGCAGCUUGGUCAGACUAUCAGCAUUGUCCUAGACGCUCUUGUCGAAGGUAGAGUGGCUGAGGUGCAGAUCGCUGCAAUGCAUGCAUUGACGGCUCUCGUGGACAAUGUUGCCGAUCGAGACAUCCAAGCGGCAUUCCUUCCUGGCAUUGUCUCAAAGCUCACGAAAGUCGUUACACCAUCUACCAAGCAAAGACGAGCACCCUCUAUCAUCACGGAUGCACUUCACACUCUGCAGCAACUCUUCAGCAACACUCUGAGGGACACAGUAGCUGACCACGUCACUCAUUCGAAUGGCGAAGAUGGAACUUCAAAAGUCAUCAAUGACAAAUGGCUCCAGUCGGCUGCAACUCAACUUGCACCUGCCAUUGCUACUAUCGUCAAACUGAAAGACCACAGCAGAGUUGACGUGAGAGAAGCGCUGUCCAAGUUCUGCUUCACAUUGAUCAAAGACUGCAGGAAGACCUUGAAGAACAGCGUAAGUCUUGCGUUUGAGACUAUCCUUUUCCUCGCAUGUGGCGAUCGAGCAGAGUCAGUCAAGUUCAGUCUGGAGUCACUUGCUACCACAGAUGGAGAGAUUUUGGAGCUCUUGCAAGUCACGCUCCACGACUGGCUGAGGUCGCUGGCGACGAGAAUGCAAUCUGCCGACGAACAAGCGAAAGUACAGAGAAUGCAGCAGAUCAGAACAGCGUACAGCAUACUUGUCAGCACCGGUACCAAUACUACUACUAUCGAUAAGUCGCUGGCUCAAAGCCUUCGCGACAGCGUUGUGAUCACAAUCCAACUACCUGGUCCGAAGCUACAACCUGCCACCAUGUUACCAGUACAGUCGCUCGAUUUGACGUUUCUUAGUGAUCAGCACAGAAGCAUGGCCUUCACCUCGCCUCUCGUGCAGUACAAAGGACAAGAGAGCGUCUUACAUCAGGUCGAGCGACUUGUCCAGAUGAUGAGCAGCACAUCAGCCUCGGGUGUAGUAACGAAGGACCUCUCGAGAAUGCUACGACUGUCUGAUGGAGAGACUCGAUUGGCAACUUUCUGGAUGUUGCUAGAAUCCGCCAAGACCGCGUCUAAGCUCGAUCAUGACUCUGCUACUGCUCUUCUCGACUUCGAGGACGGUGGUAGCAGAAUGUCCAGAAGUAGUCUGGAAGAGCUCUACUCCCUUGCUCUCACGAUCUUGACAGAUCCGAUUGAUGAGUCUCCUGAUCAGCGACUGCAAGCUCUUUCAAUUCAGGCAAUAGCGCUAAGGGCUCAAGCAGCAGGCAAAGACUUCCGCCAUGAGCUCAUUGAUGCUCUGUACCCUAUUCUGCACACACUGGCGACGCCAGAUGAGUCGCUUCAACAACAUAGUGUGGCCGCUUUGAACAUAUUUUCGGAUGCUUGCGGGUACAGCUCUGUCGAGGAGCUCAUCGUUGACAAUGUUGACUACCUCACAAAUGCUGUAGCCCUCAAGCUCAACUCCUUCGAUGUCAGUCCUCAGGCACCACAAGUCCUGCUGAUGAUGGUGAAGCUAGCUGGGCCAACUUUGCUACCUUACCUGGAAGACACUAUCGACAGUAUCUUCGCAGCGUUGGAGGACUACCAUGGCUAUCCACUACUUGUGGAGCUCCUCUUCAAGGUCUUAGGGGUAGUGACCGAAGAAGGUGCAAAGGCUCCACAGCUUGCAAUCGAGGAUAGUGACAGAGAGAAAAUCUCACAUGUACGACAAGAACGAUGGCAGCCAACGAGUGUAACAGAUCUCGUCGAUUUACUGCAGGAGCGGUCCAAAAACAUCGCUACAUCAGCUGAGUCGGCCGUCACUCGUGAAGCUCACCCGCAGCGACCAUGGAAGUCCAUGGAAAGUGGUGAUCAAGACGAAGACCACACCACUGAGGAUGACGAAGUCCCACCUGUGAACGAUGUUGAAGUACAGCCACCCGCACCCAAGACCUUUGCUCUGUUGCUUAAGAUAUCGGAACUCACUCAACACUUCUUGCCAUCGGCUUCUGCUUCACUGCGGACCUCGUUGCUAGGACUGAUCAAGACCGCGACCCCCGCCAUCGCUCGCCAUGAGAACUCCUUUCUACCUCUGAUCAACACGCUUUGGCCAGAGAUUAUAUCGAGGCUGGAUGAUCCAGAGCCGCAGGUCGUUGCAACAGCACUGGACAUCAUCGCGUUACUAUGCGAGCAUGCUAGUGGUUUCAUGCGCAGUCGCAUCGCGCAGCUGUGGCCUGGCAUCGUCGAGCAGUAUCAGUCAGUCGCAAAACACGUUAUGCAGUCGAUGACAUCUUCAAAGACAGCAGGAAGUCAUCAGCCUUCCUCAGCAGCGGUGGUCCCGAAUAACGCUCGCCUCAAGCAUGCUGUGGCGCGAUUCAAUUCACGCGGCCCCGACUACGCCGAUUCCAGUGUUCGCCUUGUUUGGUCCUCGUUGAUCGAUACCAUAACAAAGAUCGUUCGUUAUGUUCCCAUCUCUCCCGAAUCGUUCGACGAGGCACUGGAGAUGUUGGCACCGGUGAUGGAGACGGACAACGUCAAAACGGCCUUGGCAGCGGAUAAUGCAGAUGCAGUUUGGCUCGUUUGCUUGCGAGCUGGCCUCACCAAGGCAUCAGAAUUACCGAGAGUUAUCCAAGAUGUGAAGUGGGCCUCUGUCGACGUUGGCGGAUGA